CCGCCCCACGGUGCCGCGGCUUUUGCCCGCGGAGAAAAGCAAAUAAGUAUGCGCGUGCGCGGGUCGUAGAAUAGCUGUUGUGCGAGUCCCUGCAAAUGGGUCCUGCGGCCUGGCGCCCCAGGCGUUGUCACCCGUGACCGUGCACCGAAGCCCGCGAGGAGGGGUCGCCGACGAGGUCCCCCGCAGCGCCCCUGCCCUGAAGCAUGGCUGCCAUCCCUUCCGGCGGCUCCCUCAUGGCAACCCAUGACUACUAUCGGCGACGCCUGGGCUCCUUGUCAAGCAACAGCUCCUCCGGAAGUGCCGAGUACACGGGAGACGCCGUGCCCCAUUCCCCGGGUCUCCCCAAGGCCGAUCCCGGCCACUGGUGGACCAGCUUCUUUUUCGGGAAGUCCACCCUUCCAUUCAUGUCCACAGUGUUGGAGUCUCCUGAGCACUCAGCAGAGUCCUCCCAGGCCCCCAGAAGCCCGAUCACCAGUGACCUGGCUCCUGAAACCAUGAAGCAGCAGCCAGUCAUCCAUCCUGGCCAGGCCAACACCAGGGCCCCAUCCUGAUCUGGCAGAAUCACCAGCCAACCUCACCUUAAGUGGUACUAGGCCAGAGUCCCACCUACCCACCCUACCCUGUAAACUAGGAAGGCUGCAGUAAGCAACAGACACCAGCAGGAGCUGGAGGGGGCCCCUCUUGGGUCAUACCACUGACCCGGUAACUGUGCCUUGAACCAAGCAGAAAAUAAACAGCUAGCACCCGUC